AUGAAGAGCAUUGAAUUAGAGACAUUAAACAAAAAUGGAGAUUUCUUGUCAAUAUGGAAUUAUGAUGGGAGAAUAGCAUAUGAAGACAUAAUCAAUGCAAAGGAAGUUUUUGACAUCAAAUAUUGCAUCGGGACUGGCGGUUACGAUAGUGUUUACGAAGCACAAUUGCCCAAUGAGAAAAUUGUCGCAUUGAAGAAACUUCACCGUCUUGAAGCAGAGGACCCAUCUUUUGACAAGAGCUUCCGAAAUGAAGUGAAACACUUGACAGAAGUACGACAUAGAAGCAUAAUCAAGCUCCAUGGUUUCUGCUUACACAAGCGAUGCAUGUUCUUGGUCUAUGAGUACAUGGAAAGGGGGAGUCUGUUCUAUGCCUUAAGAGAUGAUGUGGAAGCGGUGGAAUUGAUUUGGUCUAAAAGAAUCAAUAUUGUCUGGGACAUGGCAUAUGCCUUGUCAUACCUGCACCAUGAUUGCGCUCGACCAAUUGUUCAUCGAGACAUAUCUAGCAACAACAUUUUGCUCGACAACAAAAUGCAAGCUUUCCUUUCAGAUUUUGGCACGGCAAGACUUAUUGAACCUAAUUUCUCAUCUAAUCUCACAGCAAAUGUCGUGGGCACUUGUGGAUAUAUAGCACCAGAGCUUGCUUACACUUUAGUUGUCAAUGAAAAAUGCGACAUAUAUAGCUUUGGAGUGGUAGCAAUGGAAACAAUAAUGGGAGAGCAUCCCAGUAAGAUCAUUUUAAUACUAUCAACACUUUUCAAAGAAGAUAUUAUGCCACAUCAAUUAUUAGACCCACGCUUGUCAAUCCCUAAAGAGAAUUCUAUCGCAAGAAGUAUCAUUCUGAUAGUUUUUCUAGCACUUGCUUGCUUAAAUAAUGAUCCAAAGAAGCGACCCACAAUGAAACAAGUGUCUGAAGCUUUUCUAGCUCCAAAACCAGAGCUGUCCAGGCCCUUCAAUUCAAUCUCACUUGCGCAGCUCCAAGAAAAUAGUCAAGGAGUGUGGUGA